UGUGUUUCAUUCGGAAGGCUCUCACUCCGAAGGGUUGUAGGGUGUAGGAAACCAAACAACUGUUUCUUGAAGUGCCCUUCUGCAUCAUCAUCAUGUGCCCACGUGUAGGCACCGUCAUCAUGCAAAGAAUCUGCGCAAAGGAUCAUGGUAGCCUGAAGUUUCCAUCAGCUGUACCCUUCGAAAUCCUUCAUUCUGAAGGGCCUUUUGAAGUGGCCAGUUUUGAGCACUUCGGUUUGGAACAACCCUUCAAUAUGGCGGCCAUGAUUGUUUUCAUGCCGAAGUGCCCUUCAGAGGGAGAUAUAUCCCGUUUGGAACACACCGUUUGUCUCCUGCAGAAUCAACAAAGCUGUCUUUGAUGGGAUUCCACCCACAUUCUCCUAGUGCUCAAAGCUGGUUCCUACGAGGAGAAUGGAGAGAUAACAAUUGACAUCCAAGGAUAUAGACCAACCACUACACCAGGCUUGAUUUAUCUGUGGACAACCUGCUGUAAAUGCCUCCCCCACCCCUGACACCCGCACGUAGCCAAGAUGGAAAGCUACGUUGUCAAUAGAAUGGGACCUGACGAAUAGCUGCUUCUUGAUGAAGAUGUUGCUUGGAUACGUGUUUAAGUCCAUGUGGGAAUACUUGCCACGCAAAGAGGCUUUGAGAUUUUUGACAGCUUCACUCUCGAAACGUCUGGCAUCUUGGGUUUGAUCCUUUCUUUCGUGCAGGUGGAUAUAAACUAGUAGCGGGACUAGAGUGAAGAGGAUUGAACAUGCCCUUUCAACAACCAAACCGCCUGGGCGGCAUCUGGCGGUCCAUGUGUCCGCGGCUAGGCCUCAGCGCUAGCCUGGAUCUCCCAUUCUUGUGUUGGAUAUUAGGCGUGACCCUGCACGCCCAGCUGGCUGCCUCGCAAAAACUAGACGAAACGGACCCCGUUGUCACUACAACUUAUGGCAAACUGCGGGGAUUCAAAAAAGAACUCAACAAUGAGAUCCUUGGGCCCGUCAUCCAGUUCCUGGGUGUCCCCUAUGCAGCACCUCCAACAGGCGAAAGGCGCUUCCAGCCGCCCGAGCCACCUAUUUCAUGGUCAGAUAUUCGUAACGCAACUCAGUUUAGCCCCGUUUGUCCCCAAACCCUGCUGGAGGGCAGGCUACCGGACGUUAUGCUGCCGGUUUGGUUCACCAAUGGCAUUGAAGUUGUGUCAUCCUACGUACAGGACCAGAGCGAAGACUGCUUAUUCUUAAACAUAUACGUGCCAACGGAGGAUGUAAAAAGAAUAUCCAAGGAAUGUGCCAGAAAACCCGGCAAGAAAAUUUGUAGAAAAGGAGGUAUGUAUCCACCGACAUGAAUCCCAAAAGAGAACAGGUGAAGAUCUCCUCCCCUUCUCUACAACACUCGACUCUCUGAGGUCGCAUAUCAGAGAAGAAGCCAUAAUUGAUUCCCACCACGAAGACCACCGAGCCAUCUCUUAAAUCAGAUGGGCACAUGUAGAACUUGAAGAGUCUAAUCUCAAUUAAAAAAGAUGCUAUCUGGUUUUCAUUGGUUUACAUUGGCUGCAUUGUUCAUAGCUUCAUCAAGAUAAUGUCUCUAGCUCCACUGCCUUACCCUCCGAGCAUGGGGUUUGGUGACAGAUCGCCUUAUAUAAAAUGUCCCGUUAAUUCGGCCUUCCAGGCGACAAGAAUGAUCAUAAAAUGUUUCAGCUGGACAACACUGUCCCAACUUCUGCUGGUCUGACAUCACAAAAUAAUUGAUGACUGAAUAAAUUAAAUAUAUUUUCCUUGAAAAGUUCUAUUUACCAUACAGCGGUUAAAGGGAUUGUUCACCCAAAAAUACAAUUUUAAAUAAUAAUUUACUGUUCCUUA